AUGGCGAUAACAUCAUCAUCACCACCACCACCACCCAUGUCAUCAUUUUCACCACAGAAACAAUUGCCACUGUCCAGUAGUCAAUUGACUUCAUAUAGUGAAACGAAUAGAAAAUGUUUGGCUACAACAAAACAUGAUCGUCGAAUGGCUAAACAAAUGACAGAACGAAAACGACGUGAUCGUAUCAACGCGUUAUUAGAUAAUUUGAGGACACUUAUUUUGAAAUUAUUGCAUAAAAAUCCACGUCAUCAUCGGAAAUUAGAGAAAGCUGAUAUUUUAGAACUGGUUGUUUCGUUUCUUAAAAAAGAACUACAUCAAAAUCGUUUUAGAACAACACCGUCUAAUUCCCAACAACAACAUCAGAACAACUAUAGAUCAACUUAUUCAUUGGAAAAUUUAAAUUAUUCUUCAGGAAUUGAAUCAUCAUUAGCAUCUAUAGUUUAUCCUGAUAAUCAUAAUAAUUAUUAUCAACAUCGUUUAAUACCAUCAAUUCCACAAUCAAAUCAUCAAUUAACAAAUAAUUAUUAUUUUAUGAAAAAUAAUGAUAAUGGUCCAUCGAAAAUCAAUAAUUAUCCCAUUUCUAAUCAUAUUGAACAGAAUACUAAAAGUGUUUAUCCAACAAUAUCAUAUCAGUCAUCGUAUAAACAUCAACAUCAAUCAUUACCGUCAUCUCACUAUUCCCAAUCAACAAGUUAUCAACCAAUUGUAUUUACGUCAACAGAUGAUAUGAAUAAGGAAAAUCAAUUGAUAACUGGUGUUGGAAAUCUGCAAAACCACACGAAUACACCAAUAACAAAAGAUUUACAUUAUUAUCCGACGUGUAAUUAUGACGAUUAUACAUUUGAACAAGAUGCAGUCCGUCAACCAUUGAACAUAUUGAAUAAAGCUAAUAGCUUCAUUGGUCAAAACAACUGCUACUAUUCAGAUUCUAAAAUAAUCAACCAAACAUGUCACCAUCAGAUUCAACCGACUACACACUCGAAAAUUUAUCCAGAUAUAUUAAAUAGUCAUUUAAAUUAUAAACUAUUGCCAAUCAAAGAUGAAAAUUAUUCAAAAUCGUACCCAUACAAUAAUUACGAUGUUGGUAACCAAUCAUUUCGUAGUGUUAUUAAUCAUGAAAAGAACAGUAGUAAUAAUAAUAAUAGUUCAGUUUUCACCUUUGGUAAUGAAAGACUAAGUUCAAAAGAAACGACAAGUUUUGAAAGACUAUGGAGACCAUAUGUUUGA